AUGUCCUCCGCCCUGAAUAACGCAGAGACACAAUGGCUUGCUCAGCUCAGCGCCAUGCGAGCUGCCAUCGCCGAACUUAAGCUGCCUCAGACAGAUAACGAACCGGCUUAUGGGCAAGACGUCUGGACCGACGAAGAAGACUCAUCCGAACCUACGAGCGGUGACGAUGAUCUCUGGGACCUGGUCGACGAUGACGAAGAAGAAGACUACGCGUCACUAAGCGACUCGUCCUUUCCUGUGCAGGACAACUCGCCAGCCCCCACAUACGGCCCAUCUUGGUUGCGCGAAAGACUUGGUUACGUUUCAUCUGGUUUGAGCGUGGAAGAGCUGCAGGAUCAUGUUGGUGCUAUACUAGGCUCAGAUAGCAGUGAUGACGAGCUUCAGAUGCUUCUCGCUGACACGCUGGGCUUCGACGAACUGGACCUCGUCGCUGAUCUUAUCGCUCAUCGCAACGAGAUUGUUAAAGGCUCAGAAGUUCCAGCACAGAAUGAAUCCAAGGGAAGAAUUCUCUCCCGCCGUGAGAGAGAAGCCGCUCUACAACAGCAGGAUUUCGAGCACAAAACCGCGUCUCUGGCUGUUGCUCAGGAUCGCUCCGCUACCCAGUAUCCCCAUGUCUACCGAGCACACGAUGCCGGGAACAUGCUUUCCUCUCACGGCCGAAAGUACAUGCUGCCGCUUGGAAGCGAGCGCACCGAACACGAGAAGUACGAAGAAUAUUCCAUCCCUCCUGCCAAAGUCGGCACACUAGGCAUCGGCCAAUCGCUUGUUGACAUCAAAGAUAUGGACACACUUUGCCGGGGCACCUUCAAAGGGUAUAAAUCCCUGAACCGCAUGCAAAGUCUUGUCUAUCCGGUAGCAUACAGGACCAGCGAGAACAUGUUGAUCUGUGCGCCUACUGGUGCCGGAAAAACUGAUGCCGCCAUGCUGACUAUCCUCAACACCAUUGCUAAAAACGUGACACCGAGUCCUUCCGAAUACCCGGAUGCUAGUGACCUCGCUGUUGCCCUCAACGAUUUCAAGAUCGUGUAUGUCGCUCCUAUGAAGGCAUUGGCUGCUGAAAUCACCGAGAAACUGGGCAAAAGACUUGCUUGGCUUGGUGUUCAAUGUCGCGAGCUUACUGGCGACAUGCAUCUUACCAAGGCCGAGAUUGUUCAGACCCAAAUCAUCGUGACCACACCAGAGAAGUGGGAUGUCGUCACAAGAAAGAGCACUGGAGAUACAGAGCUUGUUCAGAAGGUUCGUCUCCUGAUUAUUGAUGAAGUCCACAUGCUUCAUGACGAGCGAGGUGCUGUGCUCGAGUCGCUUGUCGCUCGAACAGAGAGACAAGUCGAGAGCACGCAGUCUCUAAUCCGUAUCGUCGGUCUCUCUGCCACGCUUCCCAACUACGUCGAUGUUGCCGAUUUCCUCAAGGUCAACCGCAUGGCUGGACUUUUCUACUUCGACGGUUCCUUCAGACCUGUGCCCCUCGAACAACACUUCCUCGGUGUCAAGGGCAAAGCUGGCAGCAAGACUUCAAGAGAAAACCUGGAGAUUGUCGCCUUUGAGAAAGUACGUGACAUGCUGGAGAGAGGCCAUCAAGUCAUGGUCUUUGUCCAUUCUCGCAAAGAUACCUGGAAGACCGCCAAGACCAUGUAUGAGAUGGCUACCGACGAGGGAUGCACCGACCUUUUCGAUCCUUCCUUCCACGAGAACUACCAGCAAGCAUUACGUGACUUGAAGACUUCCAAGGGUCGUGAGCUUAGAGAACUUGUGCCCAAGGGCUUCGGUACUCAUCAUGCUGGUAUGCCUCGAUCUGACAGGAACAUGAUGGAACGCUUGUUCGCAGACGGCGUCCUCAAAGUGCUCUGUUGUACCGCAACUCUUGCCUGGGGUGUCAAUUUGCCAGCUGCCGCCGUUGUCAUCAAGGGUACCCAACUUUACAGUGCAGAGGCAGGUAAAUUCGUUGACCUUGGCAUUCUUGAUGUGCUCCAGAUUUUUGGACGUGCCGGACGUCCUCAGUUCCAGGACACUGGUAUUGGUUUUAUUUGCACCACUCAGGACAAGGUUCAACACUAUCUCACUGCAGUGACCCAACAACAGCCCAUUGAAUCCAACUUUUCAAAGAAGAUGGUUGACAAUCUCAACGCUGAAAUUUCCCUUGGAACAGUGACCUCGGUUUCAGAGGCUGUUCAAUGGCUUGGAUAUUCAUACCUCUUUGUCCGUAUGCAACGAAACCCUAUGGCUUAUGGUAUCGACUGGGCAGAGAUUCGAGACGAUCCUCAGCUCGUACAGAGGCGUCGGGAAUUGAUUAUCAAGGCCGCUAGAGUCUUGCAACAAAGCCAGAUGAUUAUCUUCAACGAGACGACCGAAGAGCUUCGCGCAAAGGACGUAGGCAGAAUUGCAAGUCAGUACUACGUCCUUCAGACAAGUGUCGAAAUCUUCAACACUAUGAUGCGACCUCAGGCUACGGAGGCAGACGUCCUAAAAAUGAUCAGUAUGAGUGGUGAGUUCGACAACAUCCAGUCCAAGGAGCCUGAAGAGAAAGAGCUGUUGCGACUCCAAGAUGAAGCUGCUCCUUGCGACAUUGAGGGUGGUAUUGGCUCGCAAUCUGGCAAGACAAAUGUCCUUCUUCAGUCUUACAUCUCUCGCGCACGUCUGGAAGACUUCACGUUGGUAUCAGACUCGUCCUAUGUUGCUCAGAACGCGGCUCGUAUCUGCAGAGCGUUGUUCAUGAUUGCCCUGAACAGACGUUGGGGUUACCAGUGCCUUGUUCUUCUGUCUAUGUGCAAAUCUAUUGAGAAGCGCGUGUGGGCAUACCAACACCCUUUUCAUCAAUUCGAUAUUCCACAGGCAGUCAUGCGUAACCUUGACGAGAAAGGUUCGACCACGUCGAUUGAGGCUUUGAGGGACAUGGAGCCAGCAGAAAUUGGACAGCUCGUUCACAACAACAAGAUGGGUUACACCAUUGCAAAGCUGCUCGAUAACUUCCCCACACUCACUGUGGAGGCUGAAAUCGCACCCUUGAAUCGAGAUGUAUUGCGUAUUCACCUCUACAUCACACCUGAUUUCAGGUGGAAUGAGAAGCAUCAUGGCAAGUCUGAAUCAUACUGGAUUUGGGUAGAGAACUCUGAAACUUCAGAGAUCUACCAUCACGAAUACUUCAUCCUCUCGAGAAGAAAGCUCUACGACGAGCACGAGUUGAGCUUCACCAUUCCGCUCACCGAUCCACUUCCCUCGCAGAUCUAUGUUCGUGCUGUAUCAGACCGAUGGCUUGGUGCUGAAACCGUUACGCCAGUUUCUUUCCAGCAUCUCAUUCGACCUGAUACCGAGAGCGUUUAUACUGACCUGCUCAACCUGCAGCCUCUGCCUAUUGCCGCACUCAAGAAUCCUCUGCUAGAGGAGAUAUACAGCCAACGAUUCCAGUUCUUCAAUCCUAUGCAGACACAACUAUUCCACUGCAUGUACCACACAUCAGCAAAUGUUCUGCUGGGAUCUCCCACUGGUAGUGGUAAGACAGUCGCAGCAGAGCUCUCUAUGUGGUGGGCGUUCCGCGAGAAGCCGGGAUCUAAGGUAGUUUACAUUGCCCCCAUGAAGGCUUUGGUCCGUGAAAGAGUUCAAGAUUGGGGUCGUCGCCUGACCAAGCAGAUGGGGUUGAAGCUUGUUGAGUUGACUGGUGACAACACUCCAGACACCCGAACAAUCCGCGAUGCUGAUAUUAUCAUUACGACUCCUGAGAAGUGGGAUGGUAUCAGUCGUAGUUGGCAGACAAGAGAUUACGUACGUCAAGUCAGUCUGGUGAUUAUUGAUGAGAUCCAUCUGCUUGGUGGAGACAGAGGUCCCAUUCUCGAGAUCAUUGUUUCUCGAAUGAAUUACAUUGCUUCUCAGAAGAAGGGCUCUGUUCGUAUCGUCGGAAUGUCGACCGCUUGCGCCAACGCCACUGAUCUAGGAAAUUGGCUCGGUGUCAAGGAAGGCUUAUUCAACUUCCGGCACUCAGUUCGUCCUGUUCCUCUGGAGAUUUACAUCGACGGCUUCCCUGAGCAAAAGGGCUUCUGUCCUCUCAUGCAGUCAAUGAACCGACCAACCUUCCUGGCAAUCAAAUCUCACUCUCCAGACAAGCCGGUCAUCGUUUUCGUUGCCUCUCGUCGUCAGACUAGACUGACCGCUCGCGAUCUCAUCAACUUUUGUGGUAUGGAAGAGAAUCCUCGUCGCUUCGUUCGUAUGUCAGAAGACGAUCUCGCUUUGAACCUCGACCGAGUGAAGGAUGAAGCCCUACGUGAAUCUCUCAGUUUCGGUAUUGGUCUGCAUCAUGCAGGUCUUGUUGAAUCGGACAGACAACUGGCGGAAGAGCUGUUCGCCAACAACAAAAUCCAGGUCCUCGUCGCCACCAGUACUCUGGCUUGGGGUGUCAACUUGCCUGCUCACUUGGUAGUUGUCAAGGGUACGCAGUUCUUCGAUGCAAAGACAGAGGCAUACAAGGACAUGGAUCUUACAGAUGUUCUGCAGAUGCUUGGUCGUGCCGGCAGACCUCAAUUCGACACUUCAGGAAUCGCUCGCAUCUUUACCCAGGAUGCGAAGAAAGCUUUUUACAAGCACUUCUUGCAUACCGGUUUCCCUGUCGAAUCGUCCCUACACAACGUCUUGGACAACCAUUUGGGCGCCGAAGUAUCCGCAGAGACAAUUGCUACCAAGCAAGAUGCUCUCGAUUACUUGACGUGGACUUUCUUCUUCAGAAGACUCCAUAAGAACCCUUCUUACUAUGGCUUGGAGAUCUCAGCAGAAGAGCAUAACACCAUGGCUGCUCAGGAACUUGCUAACGAGUACAUGGUUGAGAUGGUUGACAAGUCACUCUCAGAGCUUGCAGAUUCUGGUUGUGUCACCAUGCAUAGUAAUGGUGAUGUUGACCCAACCCCGCUGGGUAAGAUUAUGAGUUACUACUAUCUUGCUCACAAGACUAUUCGCCAUUUGAUCAAGCAUGCUAAGCCGAAUGCCACUUUUGCGGAAGCUCUUGCUUGGAUGUGCAGCGCAACCGAGUAUGACGAGCUUCCCGUUCGUCAUAAUGAAGAUCUGAUCAACGCCGAGCUCUCUGCGGCUUUGCCCUUGAAGGCCGAAGACGCCAUGUUGGGGCUGCCCAUGUGGGAUCCCCAUGUCAAGGCAUUCCUUCUCCUUCAGGCUCACUUUUCACGCAUCGAUCUCCCCAUCUCUGAUUACGUUGGUGAUCAAACUUCGGUUCUUGAUCAGGCUAUUCGUAUUUUGCAAGCCUCAAUUGAUGUUCUCACAGAGUUAGGCUUCAACUCGAGCUGUGGCAUGAUGAUCACCUUACUUCAAUGCGUAAAAUCUGCUCGUUGGCCCGAAGAUGGUCCUUUGGCCAUGCUACCAGGCGUUGAGCCACCAAGAGAGCGCCAACGUCUUUCGAACUCCAAGAACCCCAAGCCGAAGAAUCUAGUCGAAGCAACUACCACACCACGUAAGGAGAUGGAGACCAUUCUGCACAAGCAACUCUCGCUUGCACCAACUCAGCAGCCCCGUGCUUUCAAGGCCUUGUCUGCACUGCCCCAAUUACGCGUCAACAUCAACGAUGUUACGGCACUCGGUCUGAAUGUCUCGGUCGCUAGAUUGAACCCUGCUCUGAAUCGCGAGUUCCACAUGUACGCCCCGCGCUUCCCUAAGCCUCAGUCAGAGGGUUUCUUCCUGGUCGUUGCCGAUACCAAGACCGACGAGGUGCUUGCACUCAAGCGUAUUUCUUGGCACGUGCCUGGUCAAGGUAAACAGGCCUCACAGGCCAACCCUAAGCCAAUUGCGAGAAGCAAGAUCAGAUUGCCUCCUGCAGAUGGUGAAAGGAUGGUCUCGGUCAAGAUUGUCAGUGAUGGAUACAUCGGUAUGGAGUGGCAUAUUGAGGAUGUUGAAAUUCCUGCUCCUCCCAUGGUCAUCGAUGACGGUCUCAAAAAGAAGCAAGGUUGA